AUAAUGGAAAAUUAGAUGAAGAAUUAAAAUUUCAAGUUAAAGAAUUUAUUGAGCAUGAAAUGUCACGAAUUGCUUCUGUAAGAUUAGUAAGGAAACAAUUAAAUGAGGUUCUUCAUGAACAACUUUCCAAAAUGAUGGAUGGAAUUAGUACAGAUUAUGCAUUAUAUUCAGGAGGUGGUCGAAUAAUUCCUCAUCUAACCUCACGUGCUUACGAAGAAUGGCCAAGUAAAGGGUAUCAAAAAUUAUGGGGAAUGUUAACUCAAAGGAAUGUAAUAAAAUCAAAUAAACCUGAAAUGAUUAUAACACCUAAUGUUAAUGUAGGUGAAUGUUGGU